AUGGUUCUCCUCACAAUGACGUCCUCCAUUGUAGAGGGUUUAAAACGAGCGCAGGCAAACGAGACCAACCAGCUAGCCGACGACACCGAGCCCUCGUUGAUAGAGCCAGAAGUUGGCAAGCCCAUAUCCCAUCGCCAAAUCAUACAGCUCAGCCGCAGUCUCCGACAAUCCGAAGAUUCAUCCGACUUUACGUUAGAGAAGCUACUACGCGGAUCUGAGGUGUACACUCCUCCCCCGCCUCCCAAACCUGAGCCAACUCCGGAAUUCAAGGCAUUGAUGGCACGUCUACGACACGAAGAAGAAGAACGAUCUUACCAACGCAUGGUAAACACUUCCGACAGCCGAGAAUCCUUCCACGACCGCUUCCCCCAUUCCUCCCGCCGGGCAUUCGCCUCUGUGAACGAACCGAUUUCAAAAGACGACUUGGGCGACGAUGAUGUGACCUACGAAGAAGUACACCGCCAAGUCAUGCUCAUCAUCAACUUUGUUGUGAGCAUCCUGGGCGUGGCGGGAACCCUGUGGGUUGUCGCCCGAUGGUGGAGUACAACGGCCAGGUUGCUGUUGACGAUGAGCGGCAGCAUUGUGGUAGCCAUUGCAGAGGUGGCGGUAUACCUAAUAUACGUAAUGAAGAUGGGAGAUGCAAAGAAGAAGCAGGGCGCCAUCAAAGAAGUCAAGGAAGUGGUGGAGACAUGGGUUGUUGGCAAAGAGAGCCAAGAGGAGCAUGACGAGAAAUCAGUGCUGUUACAAGAGAAGGAUAACGACCCAGACGGCGUGAGAAAAAGAAAGACGGCGGUCAAGAAGGACGAUAGCUAA